UGUCUGUUUGUUGCCUGUAGGGCGUGUUGGAUUUCCUUGCAGGUGUGAUGGAUCGUAUUUCUGCUUUACCUGUUUCAGGUGCCCAAGUUAAGAUGGCGUUGAGCUAGGGAUCUUGCACAUUCCGGCACAGAUGUUUAGACUUGGUCAGCUGUGGCAGAUGCGUCGUAUAAUUCACGAAUACAAUGUCUGAUCACUGAACAUGGAGCAAAAGUCUGUGGAGUUGGAAGCUACACCAUUUUGGGAACCAGAUCAUUCCUUCUCGUAUAAGGAGAACUUGAUUGGUACGCUGCUAGCCAUAUUUGGAAACCUAAUUAUCAGUAUUUCACUCAGUGUCCAGAAAUACAGCCAUGUUCGAUUGUCUGGUUCCAAAGAUGCACGGAUGUAUUUCAAGACUAAAACCUGGUGGGCUGGAUUAAUGUUGAUGUUAGUGGGAGAGCUGGGAGUAUUUGCAUCGUACGGCUUUGCUCCACUCUCACUCAUAGCUCCUCUCAAUGCUGUAGCAGUAAUAGCCAGUGCAAUAUUAGGUCACAUAUUCAUAAGGGAGAAAUGGAAAGUGAAGGAGUUUUUAAGGCACUAUAUUUUAGCUUUCAUAGGUUGUGGCCUUACAAUUGCUGGGACCUAUCUUCUGGUGACGUUUGGACCCAACAGUCAUGAGAAACUCACAGCUAAAAAUAUUGUAAAACAUUUGGUUGGCUGGCCUGUUCUUUUAUACUUGCUUGUGGAAAUCAUCGUCUUCUGCCUCCUGCUGUAUUUUUAUAAGCAAAGAAAUGCAAAAUACAUAAUAAUUAUUCUGCUGUUGGUGGCAGUUUUGGGUUCUACAACCAUUGUGACAGUAAAAGCCGUUUCUGCAAUGAUUGUCCUUUCGAUACAAGGAAGUCUGCAGCUUGGUUAUCCAAUCUUCUACGUCAUGUUUGUAUGCAUGGUGACUACAGCUGUCUUUCAAGCCUCGUUCCUGAGUCAAGCUUCUCAGCUGUAUGACACAUCUCAGAUUGCCAGCAUCAAUUAUAUAUUGUCUACUUCCAUGGCAAUUACUGCAGGAGCUGUGGUUUAUGUGGACUUUAAAGGUGAAGAUAUUCUCCAUAUAUGCCUGUUUAUACUUGGGUGCCUUACUGCAUUUUUGGGGGUCUUCUUGAUUACAAAGAACAGAAGGAGAGUUAAAGGCUUUGAACCUUAUGUUUCAAUGGAUACAAUGGCAAGCAUCCAGAAUGUUCACAACAAUGGCAAUGCAAUUCAACCAGAUAUUAAUGGCUCCUUUACAUACGGUGCUCUGGUCCAUAAUGACAGUAUGUCUGAAAUAUAUGGCCCGGCAAUGCUACCAGUAACACAAGAGGAGCACAAGUCAGCAGAUGCUUCCAGAGUGCCAUACAGGGUUCUAGACCAAAAGAAGGAGUGAACUUUUGACAAAAUCCUAAUCUGCUGGGUUACAGCUGGUGAUUUUAUUUAUUUAUAAUUUUCAUUCCAGAUCAAAGACAUUUUGACCUGCAAGUGUCCUAGCAGCAAGCUACUGUAUUUCGGAUGCAUUACAAAAGACUUGUUGUCCUUCAUUUUGUAUGUUCUGUUGAAGCUGCUGUAAGUCAGGUCCUGUGUUACUAAUGCAGUGGUUUUGCCUCAUGCUUGUAUAGUUAUUUACUGCCUUUUUUAAAUUAUUGUUAUAAAAAAGUACACAUUGUGCUUUAGACCAACUGACUGGUUCACAUAUUACUGCAGGGUUUGUAAAGUGAAGAAGCAAGUCAAUCAUUUUUAUGCCAGGGAAGAGAGACUGUGUGUGUGUGUGUGUGUGUGUGUGUGUGUGUGUGUGUGUGUGUGUGUGCAUGCGUUUGGGAAAAUAGUGUUUUAUGAAGUAUGUUGAGUACUUACUGAAGAUGGACUACUUAGUGAGGUAUCAUUUCCCUAGCUUUAUGUUGAUUUUUAUACGUAUGAAAAAUGAAAAUAAAAUGAAGGCUACGUGGACUACAGGUAAAAUGCACCUCUUAAGUUAGCAUAGGCAGUUAUAAUGAUGAUGAAGUAGGUUUUCAAAUUGUGCCUUUUUUUAGAAGUUUGAUACAUUUUUCAUUUGGUAACAAUGUUAUCAGAACGGUGGUAGUUUAAUAGGGGCACUGCUCAAGAUGUCUGUAUUUUUAUUACAUAAAACAAAAUGGAAUUAUGAAUGGCCCGUGAUUCUUAUAAUCCCAUCAGAGCAGUGCAUUAAAAAGUAGACAAAAUUCAGAUUUUUUUUCAUGCUCUCUGAAGUUUCCUUUUUUCUGUAUUACCAAGAUUUAUGGUAAUAACAAAGGUAAUUUUAUUUUCAAACAACCUGAACUCAGAAAGACUGUUCAUGGUCUGGCAUCAUGGAACAGAGAUUGUAUAACAGUUAUGUUGUACUUUGAGUCCACUAGUCUUUGCUUGCAUACCAGGCCAGUACUGUUGGGAAUCACCUCUGAAGAGCGGCACUUUUCUUAAUGAAUCUUGUACAUUUACUUAUGAUUUUUAAAAAAAAUGGAGCACUUUUUCCAUGUCUGUGAAGAUAUGCAUUUGUAGUCUCUUGUAACUGUGGUGCAUAUAUCAGCUCUCAGUAAAGACUGACACAUAGUAACAAAUUAAUAAACAAAUAUAUAUGCAUAUAUGUAUGUUGCUGAACUUUACCUCAAGAAUCCCUUUUUUUUUGGAAUAUUGUGAAUAUGGACCAAAGCUUGCACCGUCCUGUAGAAUAAUCCAUGGUUUCAGUGUGUCUCAGUGUCACUGUACACAACACCCUAGCAAAGAGAGAGGAAGAGUGAUAUAUCCCUGUGAACAUGGGUCUGCUUUGAUUGACUGACUGACCCAUGAUGUACAGCAGACAAUCUUACCAAUACAUGUAGGCCUUCAGAAUGUAAAUUUGUUUGUGUGGGGUGGCGCUACCUGCAUCCUUGAUAGAUGAGAUCUGCUCCUCAUACCUGAAUCUCUUACUUAUAUUACCUCUGAUGUAGAGCAUCAUAUGAAAGGAAAGGUGAAAAAGUGUUUUACUCUUUCUUCCACAUUGGUAUGAUCUAGGACGUAGUCUGUAUGUAGAGAAUGGGCAUUUGUGGGUCAACACUCCCACUUUUGAGGAUUUAGGAGCCCCACUACAGAAGUACAUAGAGAGUGUGUGUUCUGUCUUGUAUGCUUCCCAUCUGUCAGAGGAAGUGAUGGACAGUGAUCAUUGUCAUUGUCAUUGUUCAUUGUCGACCAGUUCAAGUAAAUCAGUGGAAGUAUUUUCAGUAUGGUGUGUCCCCAUUUUGUUUUUAAUUUUACAGGUGUGCAACAACUGUUAUCCUGGACUGUAUAGCUUCCUUUUCCACUCUUGGAUCAUACUUAAAAGCUGACAUUAAAGGGGUAUGGAUAAUGUAGACAGAUAGCUCUAGUCUAGCUUAAGGUUAAGUACAUGCCAGAAAACUUGAAAUUGAAAAACUUUCUUUAUGCCAUACACAAUCCUUCCACCCCCACCCGUGCACAUUUUUUACAGCAAACAUGCCAGUAGUAGGUGGCAGCGUAGGUGUUCUAACUUCUUGUCAUUACAAAUUGUGCGGCCUAUUUAUUUCAGUGUCACAUGGUGGUAGUGGCCUGUUGUUCCAUUAUUAAUAGUUAUGUUUUAUUAAUGGGAUGCAGUGUUUUAUUUUUGUGUGCACCAGAAUUUUCAGUGCUGUGCUAAACCGCCAAGAUUUAUUUUUUUGCUUGAAAAGUACAGUAAACAAAGAAAAUCCAGGGAGCAUAAUCCUGAUAUGCUAGAAUAAUUAGGAAGAAAAAAAGUAACCAUAAUUAUGAUUGCAAGAACAGAAAAAAAGUAUUGGUACUUGCCUGUCUGUCGCUCAUUAAAAAUAAAGUUGUAAAGGAACUUAA